AUGGAGAAGGUUAGGCUACUGUUGGGUGUAGUUGGUUCAUUUGGUAUUGUUCAUAUCCAAGACAUGCUAAUGACCUUCUUUGGAUUUGGAGGCCUUGUUCGGUUUGAUUUUCUCAGAUUUGGAUCAGAUCAGACUGACCUCGAAUUUAUGAGGAGAGUGGAUUGUUUGGCAGUGGGGUUGGAUUUCCAGUGGAGUUGUAUGGGAGAAGAGGAUAGAUUGGAAAAUGGGGGAGUGGAAAUCGAGAGCUCUCCAAGAACUGAAUUGAAGCGAGACCAUCAGUGUCUCGUAGGUGAUACUGAGCCGGAUUCGUUUCCGAACAAGAAGCAAGCCAAAGAGGUUUCAAAUGAUGAUAUACGCUCCGAAGUUUCGAAUCCUGUUGUGUCUCCAAAAGAGAAUGAGAAUGGCUCGAGCUUUCAGGAUAUUACUAGCCAACCGGCGGAGUUAGCGAAUAGUAACCAAGUAGAGUGUGGAGAGGUUACUUCUUCGAGUUUGAGGAGUUCGAGCUCGGAGGAGGAGGAGGAGAGUUUGAGUGUUGGACAGCCUGCCGAGAAUGAUAAUGGCCAGAUUGAGACGGAGACCACGGAUACUACUCGUGUUGUGGUUGAGAUAGAUAAGCCGUCUAGUUCAUCUGGGAUUCGCAAGAUCACGUUUAAGUUCAGCAAAAGAAAGGAAGAUUAUGAGAACCAGUCAUUUGCUUCACCGAGUCAGACUGUACAUAAUGGGUUUGAUUGUGACUUUCCCUAUGGUGGGGAGCCUAGAACUGACUGUGGAGAAAUGGCUAGUAGGAGCUGGGGGUUCCGAGAAAGGUCAUAUGCUCAUGUCAGGGAGGUGGAAUCUAACAAGGUUCCGGAGUGCUACCCUAGCAAUGUCAAAAAGCUAUUAGCUACUGGUAUUCUUGAUGGAGCUCGAGUGAAGUAUAUUUCCACUGGGUCACAGGUAAAGCUAGAUGGAAUUAUAAGUGGCGGUGGUUAUUUAUGUGGUUGUUCAUCCUGCAACUACACAAAUGUACUCAGUGCAUUUGAGUUUGAGCAGCAUGCUGGUGUCAAAACUCGCCAUCCCAAUAACCACAUAUUCUUGGAGAAUGGGAGACCGGUUUAUAAUAUCCUCCAAGAAUUGAAGACUGCUCCACUCAACAAGCUGGAUGAAGUAAUAGAGGCAGUUGCUGGUUCUGCUGUCAAUGAAGGGUUCUUCAGGAUCUGGAAAGAAUCCCUUUACCGAUUUGAGGGGGAUGAGGUGUAUAAAAGACAUUCAGUGAAACUUCCUAAAGUGCCUCGGCUUCCUAAGAAGCCCAAGCUUCCUAAAUUCCCUCAUUCACUUCCCAGAUCAAGCUUCCAUACUCCUUACUCUGUUAUGCACCAGAAGAAAACUGCUGGACGUGGCAAUAAGAAAACUAGGGAUCAUGAUCUUCACCGGCUACUGUUCAUGCCAAAUGGGCUUCCAGAUGGGGCCAAAUUGGCUUACUAUAUGAAAGGACAGAGAAUACUUGGAGGCUACAAGCACGGAAAUGGUAUAGUAUGUAAUUGCUGUAAUACAGAGGUAAGCCCUUCACAGUUCGAAGCACAUGCUGGAAUGUCUGCUAGGCGCCAACCUUACCGUCAUAUCUAUAUAUCCAAUGGAUUGACGCUACAUGAUAUAGCCACGUCAUUGGCAAAUGGACAUAACCUUACAACUGGUGCCAGUGAUGGAAGUGAUGAUAUGUGUGCAGUAUGUGGACAUGAUACUGGGAAGAUGAUUCUUUGUGAUGGAUGCCCUCGUGCUUUUCAUGAAGCUUGUUUGGAUUCAGAGUGGAUUCCUGAAAGCGAUUGGCAUUGUCCAAAUUGUAGAGAUAAUUUUCAACAUGUUAGUAAAGCUGCUGCUGGAGGAUCUUCAAGUAUUGCAAGACCAAUCGUCAUACGCUUGACAAGGGAAUUCAAAGCACCUGAAAUUGAAAUUGGUGGUUGUGUCCUCUGUAGGAGCAACGACUUCAGUGCAGCUAUAUUCGAUGAGCGAACAGUUAUAAUCUGUGACCAAUGUGAGAAGGAGUUUCAUGUUGGUUGCUUACGGGACAAUGGAUUAUGCGACUUAAAAGAACUCCCCAAGGAUAAGUGGUUUUGCUGUGAUGAUUGUAAUAGGAUUUUUGAGGCUUUACAGAAUAUAGUAUUCAAAGAAGCAGAGCGGGUUCCAGCUCCAUUGUCAGAUCCAAUAAUCAGGAAGCAUGCAGAUAGAGGUAUAUUUAUUGAUGGAGUGGCAGAUGAUGUUCAAUGGAGAAUUUUCAGUGGAAAAAGUCGCUGUCCAGAACACCUACCAUUUUUAUCAAGUGCUGCUGCAAUUUUUCGAGAGUGCUUUGACCCCAUAGUUGCCAAAUCUGGUCGUGAUUUGAUUCCUGUCAUGGUAUAUGGGAGAAACAUUUCAGGCCAAGAGUUUGGAGGAAUGUAUUGUGUUGUUUUAACAGUGAGGUCUGUUGUUGUAUCUGCCGGUCUUCUUAGGAUUUUUGGUAGGGAAGUUGCAGAGCUUCCGAUUGUGGCUACAAGUAGAGAACAUCAAGGAAAAGGUUAUUUCCAAGCGUUAUUUUCCUGUAUAGAGAUGUUACUCCUUUCCCUGAAAGUGGAAAAACUGGUUCUCCCUGCUGCUGAGGAAGCCGAGUCAAUCUGGACAAAGAAAUUAGGGUUUCGCAAGAUGAGGGACGAGCAAUUAUCAAAAUAUAUGAGGGAUGUUCAGCUGACGGUUUUCAGGGGGACAUCAAUGUUAGAAAAGAUGGUGCAGUCGAUGGAUUGAUAACUUGUCGAUCUCUUCUAAAGUUCUGAAUGUUAGAUUUAGGAACAUGUUGGCUUUUGAUUUAUUUAUUUUUGAUAGUGAUUCAUGUAUCCGGCCGGUAUGGCCUUGUGGUAGUGUUUCACCCCUCUGAAGCAUCUGAAGAGUAGGGAAAUGAGUUGAAGAUAAAUGUGUAAAAAGAAAAGAAAAGUAGUGCAUGCUGACCUUUUAUUAUGCAUGCAUCCAGCAUUUUUUUUUUCUCUGUUUUAUUGUUU